AUGCCCACCUCCACCCUCACAGACAAGGUGCCCUUCAGCGCGGGCCUCCCCGUCCAUCUCGAGCCCGACUCGCUCUACAUCUCUACCAUCCCACUCACCCAAGGCUUCCACUGGGCCCUUAUCCACGUCGAUUGCCACGGCAGCGCGACCCGCCACCACUGGGCGGCGACGACCAAUGACCCGCACGGCCCGGAGGGGUACGUCUGCCAGCCGAUGCCCAACGGCCCGCGCAUGAAGGCCGGCCAGCAGCCCAUCCUCGCGUACUUCAAGAUCCCAGAGUACGUCCCCGUCGACAUCCCCCUGCUACAGGACGUGUGCGACGGCGUGUUCCCCGGGGCGGCGACGCGGGCAUCGUACAGCGCGCUGCAAAACCGCGCGGCGAACAUGAGCCCGCGCACGUGGUGCACGAGCGUGCUCGCGAGGCUGCUGGCGCUCUCGGUGCAGGGGCCCGGGGCGGCGCAGAGGGCAGCAGAGAUCGAGGCCUUCGUGGAUGCGCAUAGCUGCAGUCUCGGCGAUGCGUACGCGCGUGCGUUCCUCUUCAGACAGAACUAUUCGACUGUUGUUCUGCCUGUUACCCUGUGUGCGUCUGCGGUACGUCGCUCUCGUCUCUCUGUCGUCGCUGUGCGUGAGUGUAUCACUGACGCAGAGGGUGCAGUGCACUGCAUGCCAUCGGUCCCGCCCUCGUGUGUCGUAAACUUCAGACUCUCUCUUUGA